UAAAUGUACCCCUUUCUUAUGCUUCCUUAGAGAAAAGAAUCACUGUCUAGAUUGUUAAACUGUGACCCUGAAACAUGCACUAGUGAGAACUUUUAAGACAAGAAAAUGUUUUGGAAUGGAAACAGUCCCUUUUAAUUAAUUUCUUAUUUUGAAAUACAUGGAGUACACACUUCCAAAUCUACACUUUUGCAAAGGAAAGUAACUUAAGAGGAAAAUCCUUGUAAGUCCUUGUCAGGGUAUACCCUAAUAAGAAUUUAUUUUACCACACUUUGUGCGAGACAAAUAAUUAAUAUUCAAUAUUCUGGAUGUAAAUAUAAUGUAAAUAAAGUUCCACAUAUAUAAUGUGGAAAUCUGCAGCUAAAAGCAAUGUUAAUAUUUAUUCAUUUAUUUAUUUAUUACAAUUUAAUGGCAAAAAGAUGUACAUAAAUAAUGAGAGCCAUAAGGAUAGCCUACGAAAGAGUCGAGGGACCCCAUACAAGGCAGGCCACCUGCCAUAACCCUCCCAAUAACCGUUUACAUUAAAGAUAAAAACUUAAAUGAUAAAUAUUAUUACAUUAUAAAUAUAGAUCAUGCAUUAAUUGAGAGACCAGAGACUGACCUGUGAGUCAGGACGAAAAUAUAGAUAUAAACAUAAAACUAUAUCUAAAACAAGAUGAAAAGAAACAAUCAAGUGAUUCUAGUAAAGAGGAAGUCUCCUACUCCCCUUUUGAAACUAGAAAUACUUGAAGCUUGCCGAACAGAAAGUGGUAGCACAUUCCAUGAGUCAACAAUCCUAUUAAAAAAACUUAAACUUAAAAGUGUCUGUCCUUGCAAAGUUCUUCUUCAAUGUAAGUUCGUCCCUUCCCCUUAAAAGAGUACCUCUCAGAGUCUGAAUAAAAUUGAAUAUAUGAAGAAACAUCUAAGUUAAUGUGCCCAUUUAGAGCUUUAUAAAAAAAGAAAACUUCCAACAAAACACAUCUAUCCUUCAAGGAUAACAAGUUCAGUCUUUCUCUUCUAGCAUCAUACUCAGCAUCUGUCUUUAAUAUAAACUUUGUAGCUCUUCGUUGAAUUCUUUCCAACUUGUCAACAUUUCUCGCUGUAUAAGGUGACCAGAAAACAGAACAGUACUCCAGUUGGGACCUUUGACCAAGGUACAGUAUAAGGAUCUUAAGGUGCUUACAUCAUUCAGUCCCCUGCACAUUCUUUUAAUGAGGCCAAGAAUCUUAUUGGCCUUACUUGAUAUUUUGUCCACAUGGGCAUUCCAAGACAGCCUACUUGUAGUAACUAAGCCAAGGUCACAAAACUCGGAUGCUUCCUCCAAGGUGUUAUCAUUGAGCUGAAGGUCAGAGUGGAAGGGCAUCUUCUUCUUGGUGACAUCCAUCAGUUUACACUUCUUUACAUUAAAGUCCAUUAAAUUUUGUUGACUCCAUGAGUACAAGUUAUUCAGAUCUGAUUGAAACACUUCAUAGUCGGAUGGACAAUUUAUCACUCUUGAUGAUUUACAAUCAUCAGCAUAAUAAGGUAAUUGUGUUACCAGCCAUAACUGCAUCAGGUAAAUCACUAAUGAAUUUCACGAGGAACAGGGAACCUAAUAAUGAGCCCUGUGGUACACCAGAUGGAAUAACAGUCCAGGAGGAACUCAUUCCCUCCAUAACUCUUCGCUCUCUAUCAGUCAAGUAAUCCUUACACCAGUUUAGCAGAAUGCCAAAGAUGCCAAAGUUACACAACUUCUGCGGAAGUCUUCUAUCAUGUAUAUAUGAGACAAUUUAUCAAAUGACAGCUUCUGAAAUACAGUUUGGCUUCUUGAACACUGUUUGAAAGAUUUCCUUCAACUCAUUUGUGAAUGACUAUUGCGAACAUUUUGCAAAUUUCUCCUAUCACUAAACUGAUGUAACCGACUGACCCACCAACUCUUGAUUCGACUGACUCAACAACACUAGGGGAGGCUGCCUGUCCAUAGUGAUGUGCUUUCCAAGGUUUGGCUUCGCUAAUGAAGCGAAGUGAGUAGGCUAAGCAUAAUAUAGGCAGUCAUAUUUUAAGGAAAAUGUAGCCUGAUGGAGCCUGAUGUUACUUAUUCAGCCCCGCUAAUUGCGUGACUCACCCUCAUCUUGAGAUCGUCGUGUCACGCGGAUCAUAUUUCAGACGCCAAGAUCAUCCACGUUUGCACCAUGACAGAUAUGUCACUGUCCGCGCAAUCGCUCAAUAAUCCGCCACCCGCUGGAAAUUACCCAGAGUUUAACGCUUUCUUGGUUAAAAUUGCUAACCGAAUAACAGAAGAAGAGUUGGAGGAAAUGAAAUUACUCUGUGACGAAAAAACCGACACUAAUGAUUUGCCACGAGGACAGCUUUGUGCCAUCAAAAACCAACGCGAGUUUUUGAGCUUCUUACGCCAACACGGUAAAAUCUGCCCAAAUGAAAUAUCCUAUUUGGUAUGGCUUCUGAGAAACGUCGGAUGCAUUGAGCUAGCUGAUUGGAUCGAGGAACAAGGUUCACCGUCGUCGCCGGGAGGUCAACCUCGAAACCUUCCGUGUUUGACUACACACUUUGUUGGAAGAGACGAGGACGUAGACAAAAUCAUAAAGAAAGUAAAGAGCUCUCGUAUGGUUGUUAUUCUUUCUAUCCCAGGUAUGGGGAAGACUGAAGUUGGAGUCCGUGUUAGUCACUUGUUAGAACAAGAGGGUAACCAGUUUGUUACACAUAUUCGAGUAGAGAGUCAUCAUCGGGGACUCGAAGACGUCUGCAGUGAGAUUCUUGGUCGAUUAAGUAGUCGUACCUGGUCGCAAACCGCUGAUUUUGUGUCUCUUGUGAAGCGUAAACUAUUGGAGCGAAAUAUCCCAACUGUUAUAGUACUAGACAAUACAGAGAAUAUACAGGAUAAGGAAUUUGACGAAUUCGCUGAAUGGCUGGUGAAAUCUGCCCCAAAUAUAAAGUUGCUAAUCACUACCCAGAAAGAUGUUGCAUUCGUGUCAGCAGACGUGUGUAAGUUUCGACUCAAACCUUUGGAUCCCGACUCGUCCGCUGAACUGCUCCGGUUUCUAGUUGAUGGCUGUAACGAGGAACACUCCAAUGAACUUGCUAAGCUUUGUGGUGGGAUACCACUCCUUCUUGUGACUUGCUCUGACUUGCUGAAUAAUGACUUUAGUCCUGAGAUAUUAAUCCAGCACCUUGAGAAUAAUCCCAUACAACUUCUCAAGACUAAUGCGAACUGUGUUUAUGACACGCUGAAAGUGUUUUUUACGAAGUUUGGCAAUGAAGUAAAACAAAGUCUAGUCCUUUUUUCUGUGUUCCCGUCGGGGUUCUCAGCUGAGGACAUUCAAUUUCUCUUUGAAGAUCCUUUACACUUUCAAACAGUGAAGACUAGGAUGGUCAAGUACGCUCUCCUUCAGAGGGACACUGAUAGAAACAUGAGGAUGCAUGCUUUGGUCCAAGCCUACUUCCGGGCGGAGAAAGUAUCUCUUGGCAUGGGUGAAUUAUGGCGCGCCAAUCAGCGUAAAUUCAACGAUCAUUACCUUGGUCUUCUAACAGUCUUGAGUAGAGAGUUUAUUAGCAAAGAUUCAGCUUUGGUUGCCAUUCAGAAGUUUCGACAGCACAAAGCGAAUAUCGAGGAAGCGUUGAAGAAUUGUCUCGAAGACUCUAGCGAUUCAGAUGACAAAAAUUUCGUUCUAGACGUCGUUAAUAGUACAGAAGUGCUGGAUUUUGUGGCAAAAGUUUUAACUCCCCCCAAAGAGUGCACCAUGCUGUACCAGAAAUGCUGUGAGAUUGCUAAAACAUCCGGCGAUAAGAAGAGACAUGCAGAGAGCUUGAAUUCACUCGGAUUCCGUCGUCUCUGUGACGUGUCUCACAGCAAAGACAGCCCAGAAGAAAACCAAGCCACCCUUGCAAAGUUUCAGGAAGCAUAUGUCAUACGCAGCACAUUGCCGGAGGAAGAACAAAAGUCCCAAACGCAUGCGCACACCGCUAGUAAGCUCGGAGUAUGUUUUGUACUGCAGGGAGACAAGAAAAAAGGAAGGAAGCUCAUACAGGAAGGAAUUUUAAUAAGAGAGUAUUUAAGUGACCGUUUAUGUGUUGCUGCUGGAUAUUGUGACCUUGGAAAUUCCUAUCAAUUGUGUGAUGAUCAUCAAAAAGCAAUCGACAUUUGGAAAGAGAACACUUUGCCAGUUUACAAGGAGCAGCUUGGUAAACACCCUUGGACAGCUUCGAUUUUGUCCUACAUCGCUGUCUCGUACAAGGCCCUUGCAGAUGGAAGCUCUGAGAGAGGUUACAUCGACCAGGCCGAAAUGUACUUUAGAGAAGCUCUAGAGCUCCGAAAGAAGCUGUUGGGAGAUCAUCAGGAUACAGCUCGUUCACGCGUUCAGCUUAGUGAUGUUUUAGUCCUUCAAGGACAAUUCGAUGAGGCCUUGGAAGAGCUUAAUAGGGCCUUUGUAAUUCAAAACGAUAUUCUGGGUCCUGAUCACGAAAUCACGAGGGAAACUGAGAGCAAACAGAGUGAUGUAGUGAACAAACGUGGAUCAAAUCCACGGUAAUUGCAUAUUCUUACAACCGAAAUAUGAGGUAAAACUCUUGGGUUUUGAUGAACAGACUGAAGCAUGUAAAUAAAACUCAGGCCAAUUGUUAUCUCAUCAGUAUUGCAAGAAAUCUUUGUAAAUCCAUCGGCAUAAUGUAUAAAUCAUGUUUUUGCCUUCCUUUA